AUGGUUUUUGAAACUGUUAAUGAAGUAAAGGUAUUUUAUAUACAAUAUGCAAUAUCAAAGGGUUUUGGAAUUCGUACAAGGAGUUCAAGGAAGAACAACAAGAAUGAAUUAUGUUACUUCAUGAUGGUGUGUUCUAGGGCUGGAAAAUAUGUGUCCCCCAUUCAGAAUCAAAUGAUUGGACGUCCAACAUGUGCUAAUGAUUGUGCAGCUCGAAUGAUUAUAUCAAAAAGAGAUGAUAAGUGGUACAUUUCAGGAUUUCAUGAUGUACAUAGUCAUGAUCUUAGUCCAACAAAGUUGAGAUUGUUCCGAGGCAAUAAAAGGAUGAAUCUCAACGUCAAAAGAACUAUAAACUUGAAUGCCAAAGUAGGAGUUAGGAUUAAUAAGAGUUUUCGGUCCUUGGUUUGUGCUACAGGAGGUUACGAGAACAUGGAGUUUGUCGAACACGAUGCUAGAAAUUAUGUGCCCAAACAAAGAAGAGCCUUAUCAAAAGAUGGUGAUGCUAAGGCACUCUUAAACCAUUUCUCGUCCAUGAGAGAAUUAAAUAAGGAUUUUUUUUACAGCAUUGAUGUGGAUGACGACAAUCGCAUACUUAAUGUGUUUUGGGCUGAUGCACGAAGUAGGGCAGCUUGUGAGUAUUUUGGUGAUGUCAUAUGUUUUGACACAACAUACUUAACGAAUAAGUACGACAUGUUAUUUGCUCCUUUUGUUGGUGUCAACCAUCAUGGCCAAUCUAUAUUGUUAGGUUGUGGUUUGUUAUGUUCAGAGGACACAUAUUCAUUUGUUUGGCUAUUUAAUUCAUGGCUUCGGUGCAUGUCCAACAGACCACCCCAAGGAAUUAUUACGGAUCAAUGCAAAGCAAUGAAGAAAGCCAUAGAACUCGUGUUUCCUAACACUCGUCAUAGGUGGUGCUUGUGGCAUAUAAUGAAAAAAAUACCUGAGAAGUUACAAGGUUAUGCAGCUUACAAAGAUAUCAAGCGACAACUUAAGCAAGUUGUGUACAAUUAUGAUUCAUUUGAUGGUUUUGCUUAUGGAUGGGAGAGGAUGAUAACAACAUUUUCACUUCACACCAAUUAUUGGCUUUCUUCACUUUACGAAGAACGACGUAGGUGGCUUCCUUGUUACUUGAGAAACACUUUUUGGGCUGGCAAGUCAACAACUCAAAGAAGCGAGAGCACGAAUGCAUUCUUUAAUGGAUAUAUUAACUCACGCAUUACUUUUCAAGAAUUUGUUAAACAAUAUGACAAUGCAUUACAACACAAGAUAGAGAAAGAGACCCAAGUUGACUUCACAUCAUUAAACACAACUCUUGCAUGCAGUUCACAAUCAUUCAUAGAGCGACAAUUCCAAAAGCAUUACAUACAUGCUAAGUUUACAAAAAUACAGUCAGAAUUUAUAGGUAAAAUUAAUUGUUUCGUUGAUGGUGUUGUGGUAGAAGAUAAUUCUUCAUUGUAUAAGGUCAUGGAGGACUCCAUUCAUAAUGAAAUAAGGGAAGAGAGGACAUUGUGUUUGUGUUUUGGCCCAAGAGCGAUUACAGAGCUUUCUGCUAAGUACAUACUCACAAGAUGGUGUAAGAAUGUCCGCAGAAAGCACACAUAUAUUAGAGCAACAUACAACAACAAUGAAAAGGACCCACAUAUUGAACGAUAUAAUAACUUAAUGAAGACUUUUGGAAAUAUUGUUGAGAUUGUCUGUGAGUCAGUACACAUGACACAAUUAUUGGUUAACAACCUUAGUUCAUCUGUAAACAAGCAUGGCCUACAAAUUUCACCUUCACCAUACGUCAACAACAACAGUCACAUACAAGAAGAACACCUGUAUGAUAGUAACAUAGGCCAUGAUGUAGACACAACUACAAACACUGUUCAAAUCCAAAGCCCUAAAUCUAUGAAGCGAAAGGGUCGACCUAGGACAAGAAGGUUGAAAUCAACAACUGAGAGACUAAAGAGGAAGAAACCAUCAACAAAAGGCAGUACUCAAACAUCCAUUGAUAUUGGUGUAUCAACUGUGCAAUCCCCUGAGUUCAUGUCACUACUGACAUCAUUACACAAUGACAUGCAAAACACGCAAAAUAAUUAUUCUGCGAAAUACCAGUCCAUUUGA